AAAGAAUCAUCGAAAUCGAAAUUGGUACACCCAGUCAUCCACACCGUUGAUUACAAAGACUUAAAAUAGUAUAUAAAGCUCAGAGAUUAAUCAGGAUUAUGGCCAUCUCAGCGAUAUUACGUCGCACUUUAAUAAACGGAACGGUAUAUUCUGCUGCAGCGCUGCGUUUUGCUUCUACUCAACCGGAGAAAAAAGUUUUCUUCGAUGUGACUGCGGACGGCGAACCUUUAGGCCGCAUUGUUAUAAAAUUACAUGCUGAAGAAGUUCCUAAAACAGCUGAAAACUUUAGAGCUUUAUGUACAGGAGAGAAGGGAUUUGGUUACAAAGGGUCAUCAUUUCAUAGAAUUAUUCCAAAUUUUAUGUGCCAAGGCGGGGACUUCACUAAUCACAACGGUACCGGUGGAAAGUCAAUUUACGGUCGAACUUUUCAAGAUGAAAACUUCAAGUUAAGACACACUGGUCCUGGAAUUUUAUCCAUGGCUAAUGCUGGACCUAACACCAAUGGUUCUCAGUUUUUUAUAACCACGACUGCCACACCAUGGUUAGAUAGGAAACAUGUAGUUUUUGGUGCUGUUGUUGAAGGAAUGGAUACUGUAAAAAAAAUGGAAAAUCUGGGUUCUAAAAGUGGUAAACCAUCAAAGAAAGUUCUGAUUGCAGAAUGUGGUGAGUUAGAUUGAAUAUUACUCGAUAGUGUAUAUAUAAUGAUGUUGAAUAUAAUAGCAUUUCAGUUUGUCUAUGUUAGAAUAAAGUAGUAAGCCUUAAUAAAGUAUGUUGAUAUAUA